UGCGUCUCUGCACUCCUCUCUUUCCCCUACACACCAGAUACAUCCAGACCACAGACAUGGCUCCAUAAGGGUGCACAUGGCGGCUAGCAGCCAUGAACCAAAAAACAACUCACCAAAAACUACAGAUGCAUCUCCGAUUUGAUUGAUUUUCGAUUGAUCAACUUCCACAUCCGCUGCAAUAUUCUUCAAUCCGGUUUUCAGCAUUCGGGAGAGGCUGCUUGCUUGCAACUCUCUCUCUCUCUCUCUGUCUCCAUUUCCUCCAGACAAUUUUACGUUCUUACUCAACCCGAAAUAACAGUAGAUAUCAUAUUGUAGAACAACAGUCAUGGGUGUCCAAGGUUUCCAGGAAUACAUUGAGAAGCAUUGCCCCAAUGCCGUGGUGCCGGUGGAGCUCCAGAAGCUCGCCCGAGGGAGUCUGGUCGGCGGCGGCCGGCAGAGACCCCCUCAAACUCCGCUCCGGCUGCUAGUGGACGCCGAGAACUGCCUGCACCGGCUCUACGGCGGCUUCUACACCGACUGGGUGAGCGGAGGCCAGUGGAACCACAUGCUCGGGUAUCUCGCCGCCCUCGCCAAAGCCUGUUUCAACGGCAACAUCGAGCUGCUAGUGUGCUUCAAUGGCGCCCUGGAGAAAGGCCGUCUCCACGAGUGGGUCAAGCGACAGGUGAACGAGAGGCAGACCGCCCAGCAGAUCGUCAGCCACGUCCAGAACAAGGGAACCCCGCCGCCCAAAGUCUGGUUUCUGCCCCCGGUGUGCAUGGCCCACUGCAUCCGCCUGGCGCUCCUCAGGUUCCACAUCGGGGUUGUCCAGACCAUCGAGGAUCAUCACCAGGAAGUGAUUGCCUUAUUUAGAGAAAAUGGGUUCCAUGGCCUGGUUGCCUAUGAUUCGGAUUACGCCCUUUGUAACAUCCCUUACUACUUCAGUGCCCAUGCUCUCAAACUUAGCCGCAACGGCAAAAGCCUCACCACCAGCCAAUACCUGAUGCACGAAGUUGCCAAGCAACUUAAUCUCAAUCCAAAUCGUUUUGUCAUUUUUGCUUCACUUUUAGGGAAUCACAUACUGCCUGAUGAAGACUUGGCUGCCUUUCACUGGAGUUUACUUGGACCUGAGCAUCCUUUAGCAUCCUUGAAGGUCCGUGCCCACCAACUCGUUCUUCCUCCAUGUGAUGUCGUCAUAAGAGCCGUGGCAGACUAUGUCCGCAACCUACAAGAUGUCCAUGACCUGGAAGCUAUUGCUAAAGACAUAUUCAAGCACUCCCAGUCUCGAACCGAUGACAAAGUUGUCCGUUUCAAAAAAGCAGUGGAGUAUUAUGCCACCGCCAGCAAGCCCCCUCACUUCCCCCCUUAUUUAGUCAGACCAAAUCAGAUGGGAUUGCCAGCAGCACCGCAGAUGCUUAACAUUCCAGGCAAACCUGGGGUGAGUACCGUUCCACCAUUAUGGUCCACCCUGAAUGACUCACACUUACCCAUCAGUCUGACACAUACAUGUUUCUGUUCAUUCUCCAAGGUCCAGCAUGGCUAUUCCGGCCCUCCGUUGGCCGAGCCUGUCCAUGAGGCGGACCCGUCGGGUAAAGGGCUCCUAGAACAGAACAGCUACAGCAACAUUCCUAACGACGGGAAGCAGCACACGCCGCUCUACGAGAGGUUGUCCCCCAUCAACCCGGCUCACGGCGGCAACUCCAACCACACAGACCCAGCCUUCUUCACCACCUCGUCCACAUCCUCGUCCUCCGAGAAUGAGGAAAACACAGGCUCCACUGCCAACCAUGUAAGUGACCAUAAGGGAUGGGACAAACAGAGAAACCAGAUGGAUAACAUCCCAGAAGGAGACCAUGGGGACCAAAAUAAAUCUGAUCCUUCUGUGACCUCACCUGUAAACCAAAACAUAGAGGGCAGAGGUCAUGUAGGGGUCAAUGCCCAAAUUCCAUCCCUCCUUUCUAUGCCAACAAGAAAUCACAUGGAUAUUACCACUCCCCCUUUACCAGUGGUAGCACCAGAGGUGCUACGAGUCGCUGAGCACAGACACAAAAAGGGCCUCAUGUACCCAUAUAUUUACCAUGUUCUUACCAAGGGUGAGAUAAAGUUAUCUGUCACCAUAGAGGAUGAAGCAAACAAAGACCUGCCCUCUGCCGUGCAGCUGUACCGGCCAAUCCGUCAGUAUGUUUACGGGGUGCUCUUCAGCCUGGCCGAAGCCAAAAAGAAGGCAGAGAGACUCGCCAUGAGGAGAAAUCGCCUUCCUGAUUAUCCAACAGUGAUAAUAAAAGAAUGGGCUGCUUACAAAGGCAAAUCUCCACACACCCCUGAACUAGUGGAAGCUCUUCCCUUCCGGGAGUGGACCUGCCCAAACCUGAAGAAACUCUGGUUGGGCAAGGCAGUAGAGGACAAGAACCGGAGGAUGAGGGCUUUCUUGGCUUGUAUGAGGUCGGACACUCCAGCUAUGCUAAACCCUGCCAAUGUCCCCACACCUCUUAUGGUGCUGUGUUGUGUGCUACGGUUUAUGUUACAAUGGCCAGGAGUAAGAAUUUUGCGUCGUAACGAACUUGACGCUUUCCUAGCUCAAGCACUUUCUCCUAAACUUUAUGAGCCUGACCAGCUGCAGGACCUGAAGAUUGAUAACCUGGAUCCACGCGGCGUUCAGCUGGCUGCUCUUUUUAUGAGCGGCGUGGAUAUGGCGCUGUUUGCCAAUGACGUGUGCGGACAGCCCAUUCCCUGGGAACACUGCUGUCCGUGGAUGUAUUUUGAUGGCAAGCUGCUACAGAGUAAACUCAUCCGGGCCAGCAGAGACAAGGCCCCACUCAUUGACCUCUGCGAUGGUCAGAGUGAACUAGUUGCCAAGGUGGAGAAGAUGCGUCAGAGUAUCCUGGAGGGUCUGAACUUUUCUCGGCCACCCCAGCCGCUCGCAUUCCCCCCUCCACCUCCACACGCAAUGCCUUUCUACCCCCCCAACAGCACCUUCUACCCUCCACCUCCUCUGCCCCCAUUGCAGGGUAGGGGCAGGGGUAUGCCUGUAGGGCUUCAAGCCAUCCCCUCACAGGGUGGCAAGCUUGAGAUUGCAGGCACAGUGGUGGGUCAGUGGGCUGGUAGUCGUCGUGGAAGAGGAAGAGCCUCGUUUCCCAUUCAGGUGGUGUCAGUUGGUGGACCAACCAGAGGUCGUCCAAGAGGUGUGAUUUCUACUCCUGUUAUAAGGACCUUUGGUCGAGGAACCAGAUACCACACUAGAGGGUUCAAGAGUCAGGUAACAUACCAGAGCAAGCCUGCAUAUGCUGCCUCAACCAAUGAAGCGAUAAAAGACCGAAAGAAGCCGAAAUUGGUGACCAAAACACCACAUCUGUCCUUGGAAGAGUCCACGGCGGCAGAGAACGGCUUGGUGGAGGGUAAAGAGGCAGACCAGCUCAAUGGGAACGAAGGGGAAAGCAGGGCUACAAACCAACCUGAAAGUGCCUUUAGCAACGAAUCUAAAAUGUGCAAUACAAAUCCUCAUUUAAAUGCACUAAAUGAAGACGGCGAGGGCCGCAGAGAUGAAGCUCUGGGCGCCGCCGUCUUAAAAACAGAAGAGUAAACCUAUUUUUAUAGAGAGGGUGAAGGUUGAUGGAAGGUUACGUGUUAAGGAAUAUCUGGAAGGAUGGAAGGCCUACAGUUGGUGUACAUUUUUUCCUCUCCGAAAGCGAUAAAUGAGGACUUACGAAUUUUUGAAAUCCCUCUUCGACGUUAAAACCACAAAGUAAUGAUGAGGAAUCCUCUCGGUAAAACAUAGAUAUACAAGUCAUAUAGAGAAUCUUACCAGUUUAAUGAUGAAAGACGGUGUUCUCCCUCGUCGACGAUAUUACGUGUUUCAAAACUGGUUACAUGAAAUGAUUUUACUUUCUCGAUGAAAUGCAGAAACCGAAAUACUGAUCUUCAUUUGCCAGUCUUUUAGUUUUAGUAAGUUGAGAUUCAAGUACCAUAUAUAUAUUUGCCAUUGUAACUGAGUUUGUAUCGUCACGGUAAAUGCUUUUUUAUUGUUUGAAAACGUAAAACUCACGAUUUGAAAAAGACUAAACCAAGAACGCAUUUCUCACGUGUCAUCACUGUGAGUUUACUCGUGCUUUCAAAUGUGCGGUUGUUUUGGCAUUGAGUAACUAGUAUUACUACUGCAUCUUAAGUUCUGAUGAUUUCAUUAUGUCAUACAUUAGCGAUUAUAGGUAAUAUGUCAAGAAAUGGUUAGAAAUAUCUCACGAGUUGCAAAUGAGCUCUUGAAAAACACCAACGUCUCUUUGCGUGUCAGAAAAUGCCAUGCAUCAGUGAUCAACGAUUAAUGUGGUUUCUUGAAUCAAAUGUAGCACAUUAGUACAACUGUCAGCUAAACUGCAUGGCUCACGAUUAAAAGAAAAAACAAAAAACAAAACGGUGUGUAGUUAUAAUGCAUGUUGUCCUAUUUCUUCCUUCAUUACAAAAUACAGUGCCCAUCUGCAAAUUUAAAAAGGCUGAUAAUCAGUAAUAGUCCUAUUAAAGGUGUUAACUGUUAGUCAGUAACUGAUUUGCGCUAACCUUAAGUUGAUUAUUUUUGUGAUUUAUUGACCUCUGUUGUAUUUACUCCAACAUUAUCUAGCCACUUUAAAUAUUGUUAAUCCUGGUGUACUCAUCACUGUAUACAUUAUUGUUCUCUGUUGCUGUUUUCCGCAUUCAUACUAGCAGACCAUUUCUGAAAAAAACAAAAUCUUUGAGAAAAAAAAUGGCUUUGAUCUUAAAUUCUCCCCCCUUUUCUUAGCUCGGAACAAGAAACGUUCGACCCUCCCAUUUGAGACUUUAGCCUAAGCAAGUACACUUGUAAUCAUUUUGAUGUUUACUUUAGUGUUUCAGAACUUAUAAACGUACUUCUAAACGAGAAUCAUUACUUCUCCAUCUAAUCCUGAUGCUUUUCAUUGCACAUUAGUGAUCAGAAAUAUGGUGUAUUCCCCUCAGUCCCCUGCCGCAAGUCUAAGUAGGUUACCUUGAUGUAAGUUGAUCGGAGUUUCUUCCUAACUUAUGGGUUGUAAAAGAAUGAACUACUGUUGGGUUUGAGUGAUCGUUGAUGGUUUGUGGUGUGAUGUAUUUGAAGGAAAUUGAAUGCAACUUACAAUGCUUAAUAAAAGUCUUUAUUCUUUUAGAAUAA